AUGUUGAUGUCGACUGCAUGUUCAGACAUGGGAUCUGGUUUGAGUGGAAUUAUGGAAGUGGCGCUACUGUCACCGCCACCACCAUCAUCACUACCAACAUCAUCAUCACAAUUAUUAUAAAUACUAUUAUUUAUACUUUUAUCAUUCAUUCGUCAACCAAAUUAGAUUUUUAUUAUUUUUUUCUCUAGUCUGACAUCAUCCACAUAAAAUCCUGUUGCUAUAGAGCAAUAAUGUAAAAUACUCGUUAUUACCAUUAUACAACUUUAUAAUAGUUAGAAGAAAGUUUCUGGACGUUUAAAAUCUUCAUAAAUUUCAAUUUUUUAAAAAACUUUAUCAGUAUUAAUUAUUAAGUUACCAUUUUAUUUUACUUUAUCUGCUUUUUUGUCUUUCUCCUUCGGAAUUUGUAAUGUCAGGAAACUGAGCCCAAAACAAAAACAGGAUGGAAGCAAAAAAUUCCAACCAAUUUCCAUUCUACCGAAAUCUUGAGCAUCGCCGAACUAGUGCUGAUAUAAUUCGAGAUGCGAAAAAGACGCUACGGUCUUUAUCUACAAAGAGGCCUUUUACACCUCGAGAUGAAAAACGAACUUUGUUUGGUGAGAUGAGCAAUCGCAGCCGGGAAGCUCGACCUGCUAGUACCUACAGUAUCGGCUCCCGUCAUUUUGAAGGCUGGGAAUCUCGGCCAGUCUCUGGAACCAGACUCUCUCCCAUCAACAAUCCUCCUGCUUUAAACGCCGAAUCAGAACCAAAAUUCUUACCUCCAAAACCACCACCUGAAGAAUGUAAACAUUCCGGUCAUAAAAAUAUCCGUCCCCACACUAAACUAGUCCAGCCAGGCUCUGAAGGAUCAGAAAAAGUGAGAAGAAACAAAGAAACAAGAGAUGGAAAAGACAAAACACAAGCCUCGAAGAGAGCAACUUCUGAACAUGUCGUUAAUGAGGAUGAACAUAUCAACCAAGAUGGUUCUAAACAACAUCUUGUAAAUACUGACAAAAUCAAUGAAGAAAUUACUGAAGAGUCCAGUUUCUUUGACCUGAAUAUCAACCCAUUACUAGAUAAUUUAUUUUACCACAAAGAAAGAAAAGCUGCGGACCAGAUAUGCUCCACAGCUGAAAGUUUAUACAAUUUACUGGAGAAGGAAAAUUUGUUUGGUAGAAACUACAAACAACGCUCAACCAUCUUAAAAGCUGUGUUUAAGUUAUUGGAUUUUGAUAAUGCAGAUGUGUUGCUUUCUAUGGCAGAAAUUAUAUUAGCUUUUCGAGUGACAGGCAAGAAUCUCCUUAGCACCUGUAAAUUGGUUUUCAAAGUCAGCCGCAAUGAACAGAAUGACCCCUUAUUUUUGAAAGGACACAUCCUUGCUCAGCUGCUGCAGGUGGUUCCUAUAUCAGAUCCAGUGUCCUGUUCUGAAGCUCUGACAUAUUGUGUUGGAACUCUUAAGCUUCUGUCUGGUAACAGCAGCAUUAUGAAAGAACUUGUGCACAGAGAAUGUAUAGAGUUACUUACUUCUUUGUUGCAGUCUAUCAACCUGACUGUAAGUAUGGAUCCAUCUGUACCCAGUGCCAAUAAAGAACAACUUGGACAUUUACUAAUACAGUUAACUGCAUGUCUACGGAAUUUAGUAGAUGCUAGCAGCAGCCGACAGCGACUUCUCGCAUGUGAGCUUAUUCCAGCUUUGAGUACAGCUAUGGAGCUUAAUUUGGAUGAUGGGGACCUAAUCCUUAAUAUAUCCAGAAUAUAUAGUAAGAUCAGUCUUCAUACAGAUUGUUGUACUGUGCUUGCUGCCCAGAGACAACAUUAUCCAGUUGCUUUGCGAGCUUUAAACAAACACAUAACGAGACAGGAUGUUGUUGUGAGAAUCUGCUUUGCUCUCGGCAACUUGACUGCAAAAGAUGAUACAGCUCGUGUUCAAUUAUUUGAAGAAAAAAACUCUUUGGCAACAAUAUUGAAUGUUCUUCAAUAUCAUUUGGAUAAAUUUUCUACAUCAGAUAAAACUAACCAGUCUCAUAAAGCAAAUACCCAAAAUUUUCAAAUGGAAGAAAGUGUUGAUAUACUUAUCAAGACUGUUCGAUUAAUUGCAAAUUUAUCAAUUGGUGAGACCAUUGGCCCUAUUAUUGCUGCUGAACAUGAUUGUGUCGUACAACUUCUUCGUAUCCUGGAUUCAUUCUCAAUUGACAAAGAAGAUCUACUUGUUACUACUGUUGCUACCAUCAACAAUCUUUCUUAUUACCACAGCAAGACCAGUGGUAUAUUGGCCAAACAAUUAGACAUUGCUAAAUAUUUGGUCAAAUUAUUACUGCCAAACCACAUGGAAACUUUAAUUGAAGUAUCACGAGUGUUUGGAAACUUAACUCACCAAAAGAUUGUAAGAGACUUUUUGGCAGAACAAAAAGUGCAAGAGACCUUCAUAGAAUUAUUAGAUUCUGACAAUCGAGAAGUUGUUUAUAUUUCUUGUGGAGUCCUCGUGAAUUUCAUGGCUGAUAAAGAAAAGCGACCUGUACUGAUGCAAGGAGGAGGCAUUGAAAAAUUAAUAGAAGUUCUGAGAGAUUUUGGUCCUAAUGACUGGCAGCUGGCUGGAAUUGUGUGUCAAGUUUUACUGAACUACAGCCACAAUAUUGGCCCAGAACACCUCUAUUUUGGUUACCAAACAACAGAGCAACUUGUUGAGCUUCUCACGGAAUUUUUAGAUGAAGCUAAUGUUCACGGCUACAUUACAGCCAAACCUGAACACACAGAACAAAGCUCAGAGACAACAGAUGAAGUUCAGAAUCUUAUUAUGGAAAAAUGGGAAAACGAAUUUUGUCCAGUUGCUGAAACUUUAUUGCAGAGACUUAAAUACCACCAAUCUGUCUUAGAACCUCUUGAAGUAACAAAGGAUCACUUUCCCAGUUCUUUUAAAAGCACUAGAUCAUAGAUCCACUUACAUUAACUUUCAUAUUUAAUCAUGAUGAUACUGAAGAAAAAAAAAAAAUAAUAAUAAUAAUAAAACCAUUCAGUGAACAAAUUCAA